AUGCAGGGCAAAGAUUGGGGAUUACGACCCCACAUCCUCAAGACUAUUUACAAGACGGUAGGGAAAAAAAUAGUUUUGUCUGGAGCAGCUAUUUGGGCCCUACCCAUGACUGCGAUGAAACUGAAUUUACUUAAUAGUAUCCAACGACCUUUCGUCCUUGCUAUCACGAAAGCAUACAGGACAAUGGCCACAGCAGCGUCAGCGGUUCUAGCUGGACUUACUCCUCUGCCAAUAACCGCACUACAAGAGGCAACUGUCUCUAAUGUCAUGCUUCUUAGGAAGUCAGCCUCAUUUAGGGGAACUACAUUUGUACCAUCAGACUUUGAGAACAAAAAUUCUCAGCUCAAAGUUCAUCCCGCUAGUUAUGGGUUGGGCAUUCGUGCCCAUACCUCUAUGUCUCAGGAUUUGCGGGUAAGAGACACAGGCGGUGCAAAUACCAUCAGCAUAUUCACUGAUGGCUCAAAAAUCAACGAAGAGGCACGCUGCGCUUUUAUUUCUCAUUAUCAUGAUAAAGUCUUAGAAACGUGGAAAGGAUACCUUGGACUUAAUAGAUCGGUAUUCCAGGCUGAAGCAGUAGCAUUGCGCCAAGCUAUAACAGCAGCUAUGAAGUUUGUUGACCAAGAAGUUUAUAUUUUCUCAGAUAGUCAGUCUGCAAUCUUUGCUCUUCGUACUGUGUAUAGUACCUUGGUAAAAUGUGUAAGUGCUCGUAGCAUGCAGAGCUAUGCUUUGAGCCGCAGGAAGCAUAGUAAUUAUAACUGUAGUACUAUAACUUAA